UGACUCCGGUGUGGCUUGGGUGCUGCGUUCGUGGAAUAUGACGAGGCGCGCGGUCCAGCGUCGAGACACCGCCGGUUGAACUGUUGUGGUUGUUGUUCGAAAGAUUUUGAGAUAAUUUUUUAAUUGAAUUGUCCCGCCCGAUUUGUACUUGAGGGUUGCUUUUUAUAUUUAUUUUACUUCUUACUGGUUGGUUUUUCGGGACGAGAGGCAAUUCUAUGGAUUAUGACGCCGUGGCCAGUAAUGUCAUUGUAGAUGAACCAACUGUGCAAGGUCUGCGGCGAGCCGGCUGCGGGCUUCCAUUUCGGAGCGUUCACAUGCGAAGGAUGCAAGUCAUUCUUCGGCCGGACCUACAACAACAUCAGCUCGAUCUCCGAGUGCAAGAACAACGGAGAAUGCGUCAUAAACAAGAAGAACAGAACGGCAUGCAAAGCCUGCCGCCUCCGCAAGUGCCUGCUGGUCGGCAUGUCCAAGAGCGGUUCGCGCUACGGUCGCAGAUCGAACUGGUUCAAAAUCCACUGCCUCCUCCAGGAGCAGCAGCAACAGGCUGGCGCCAAUCUGGCCGCCGCCGCCAAUCUACUCCGACCCCAUCCCUAUCUCAGCCCCCUGUUCAGGAACCCGCCGCCCAUAACGCCGGCCCGCGACACCAGAAGCUCCGAGUCGGACAGCGGAGCAUCGUCCGCCGAUCCGGAGGACGACGUCAGAUCGACCAGCGCCUUGAGUUACGUAAAGCCGUCGCAGUCCCCGGCAAGUGAUCGUGACUAUUUUUCCGCGAGUUCAUUCAAAAAACUGCCGUCGUCGCCGGCCAGCGACACCGAAUGCAUCGCCAGAAGGAAGGCGUCGUCGCUCAACCAUGCGGCUUCCGUGUCGCCGGCAUCGCUGCCCUCCGUGUCUCCUAGCAGUGUAGUUCCUAAGUGGUUCCCUCCUCUACAAGGCAUCGGCGACCCGUCGGCCUGGAGGGAUGUAUGGCUGAAGGGGGCGCCCACGAUAGCCGCACCGGCGCCCGACCAGGACCAGCCGAUCGAUCUGUCGGUCAGGCCGCAGACCAGUGCGUGUCCGAAGGACGAGUCCGAAAGUGACCAAGAACUGAGCAUAGACGUGGGGGUGGAGGAGCCUGUUAAAACUCUGCCUCUCGACUUGACUCUGGACAGACAGACGGCCGAUGUUACUAACGGAUAAAAUUGUAGUUCAUUUUAGUAGUACUGCGGAGUUGGUGCGUUGUUGGAUACAGUAGUUGCUCAAUGGGGAGGUUUCUGUUGAUAAUCUGUGUGUUUGUGUGGAAAUUUUUGAAGGAAUGGACUAUUUUGCUUUGUAUCCAGCGGCCUUGAAAAUUUUGCACAGCAAUACUUAUUUCUGUACUGAAUAAAACUGGAUAAACUUUAAAAUUAUAAAUUCUAAAAUUUUUGUUAUGAAAUAUUUUAUAAUUGUAAAUGUACAUAAGUAAAAAACUAAAAAAAAAAACAACUGUAAAUAUUUAUUUUGUCCAGUAAUUCGACGUACAAGUAGUUACGAAUUAAUACAAAAGGGCCAGUUUAUAACAAUAAUUUAUUGAUAAUUGCAAUUUUAUUUAAAUUAGAACCAUUAAAACCAUAUUGACCCAAGAUUUUAGCACGUUAAUUAGCACGCAAGGAAAAUACGUCUAUUAUCAGAUGAGUUAUAAAUAAUAAAACGUGGAAUUUGAUCUACCGCCAGUGCCAUUUAAUUAAAAUAUCUUUUAAACAUUCCUAAUAAAUUAAAAAUCAAGUAAUUAAUGUUACACAAGAGAUUUACUCCAGUUUAUCACUAAGAGGAUUUAAAACAAUGUUUGUUAAUUGAAGAAAUUCUCUUGCGUUCUCAAAUUUCAUUAACCAUUAAAUAUUAUAUUGUAGUAAGACAAAGUUCCAGUAAAACCAUGGUCAGUAUAACUAUCGAUGUAAAUUCGAAACAAUUAGAAAUGUAAGUACCUGAAACUGAAGGUUGUAAAUCGAAAUUUAUAUCUGAAUAUAGCAAACGCGAGAUAUUAUUGUGAAUAAUAAUUUUAUUUAUUGAUGUAUUUAUAUGUUAAAGGUCAGUUAUGGGUUAGAUAUGCAUUGCAUAUAUUUUCUGUACAUUCUAUUUAUGUUAUAGUUAAAAUGUAUAAAUGCCAGAAUAUUUUUUAUAUAAAACAAUUGUGUAUCAAAUGUAUGCGGCCAGUAAUGAAGUGCCUUAUGUUAUAUAUUUUAUAUUGUGCUUUAAAUAAAAAAAUGUUUUGUUUU